AUCUGACCAAAAUCUUAAUGAGCAGAUUCGCCAGAUCGUGAGUUACUUAACUCGAUUUGAAACUUUAACAAGCGCGAGUCAAGCAGGUUUAUUGACUCGAAAUUUUAACGAGCACGAGUUAAGCACAUAUAUAAAAAGUUUUCAUGUUAGCACCCUAUCAUUCUCUAACAUGUUCAUUAUUUUCUCUUGAUUUCUUACAUGACGUAUGUGUAUGUCCAUUAUUUACUUAAUUGUCUGUCAUCAAUCUUUCAUAGUCAACUUAGAAAAACCAAACAAAAUAAAACAUUUUUUUAAAAAAGUUCCUACCAACUUAACAACGAACAAACAACCUUUUUACCGGCUAUUCCCAGUCACCUUCUCCAUCACGUGCCUCUCAUACGAUCCUCCCAAAUACUCACCAAAAAUAAAAGAAAAAUAAAUAAAAAGUAAAAAAUUUGCUGUUACGAGAGAACAAAGUAAAGUAUUUUUACGGAGUACUUCUUCCAAAAAAAAAAAAAAAAAAAAAAACAAUAAAAACCCAAAAACUAAAAAAAAAAAAAAAAAAAAAAAGUGAAGGCAAAUUUUUGCUUCAAAUUCUCACUUUUUCAUUUUUUUGUUAUUUUUUCAUUAAUAUAUACAAAUAAUUUUCAAUUCAGUGUUGCUUCAGCUUUAGAUUUCGGGAGUGUAUUGUUGAAGAAAAGAUUUGGGGAUUUUUUUGAGCCAGAGUUAGGGUUUUCGGUGACUGAUUCAACAUUGUUGGGAAGCUGGACUUCUCUGCAGAAUUGUUUGGUGGCACUCUCUCUUUGAAUGAUGAGUAUAAAUCUAGUAUCAUCAGGGUAUGUGUAUGAAGUUUGGAAGCAUUUAAGUGGAAUGUGAGCAUUAUGACACUUGAAGACUUUUUUACCUUGACUGAGAUGAAAGAUGGGUUCACAGCCCCUGCUCGUGUUGAGGAAUUGAUUACUGCUAUGCAGAAGAAGAAAGAUUCUUCAGUGAAGAGUGUUGGUGAUGCUACAAGGCAGUGGGCUGCUGUUGCGGGCACAAUAGCAGCUACAGAGAACAAGGAAUGUCUUGAUCUUUUCAUCCAGUUAAAUGGGCUUUGGUUUAUUGAUAGGUGGCUAAAGGAUGCUCAAGCAUUUCCUGACGAAGUGAGUGAUUGCUUCGUGGAAGAGGCUAUCUCAGCACUGUUGCAAGCAGUUGAGAAACUUCAGGUAGACAAUGAGAAGUUGGCUUCAUCAGGAAUUUGCAUUACUGUCAAAAGUCUUUUCAACUAUAAAAGCCCUAGAGUUCAAGAUAAAGCAAGAGCUCUCUUUGAUAGUUGGAGAUCUAAGGAUGUUGAUCUCAAAAGUAUGGAUGUAGAGAAGGCCCCAGUUUAUAAUGAUCCGAAGUUAGAUAAUCAAAAUGAUCCAAAGUUAGAUAAUCAAAAUGAUCCAAAGGUAGAUACUCAAAAUAAUCCAAAGGUAGAUACUCAAAAUAAUCCAAAGGUAGAUAAUCAAGAUCUUGAAUCUCAGGUCACUGCAAAUAAUGGCUCCCCAACAAGAUCUUCUGGCAAUCAGAAGGUUGAAGGUGCUGAAGGGGGAAAAGUUGAAUUGUCUAAUGAUAAGGAUGAUUUUCAGAUGAUUCCUAAUCAUGAAGUUUCUAACACUGGAUUCCCCGAUAUGUCUUCCAAGCUAGAAUCGACUGAUGGUGAUCUUGUCAGGGAAGAAGUAUGCCCAUCUGAUGGAAUAUUGGAUUUGGAAUGCAUUACAUUGUCAAAACAAAGCAAAGAUGGGCUUAUUUCCGAGGCUUUGAAGGGUGAAGAUGCAAAGCAUGAAAGUAAGAAUGAGUUGUUGCCUGAUAGAUCUGGUGAUAUGAAGGUUACUUCUACCUUUGAUGUUUCUGAUAGCAAAGAUAUAUCUCCAGGAAAUGAUGCUAAGGCCGUUGAGGAAGCUGUUGUUAAAUCUGAUAUUGGAGCAUAUGAUGUCAAAAAUGAAUCACCGAUGAAAGUGACGUCUUCAUGCAAUACAGAUAGGCCUGUUGAGGAGUCAAGCAAUGUGAUGGAUGAUAGUGAGCAAAAUGCUUUGGAGCAAGGUAAUGGUUCUGCAUUGAAGGAAUCCAAGAUUCAAACAUCAACUCUCUCCAGACUGGAUGAUCUUGAUGACCAUUCUGAGCUUAAAAGGUAUCGCCAAAGUGAGAGGAGAUAUCUUGGCAGCAGUUGUGAAUUUGCAAGACUAACAAAAAACAGCAAAACUACCGAUAUCAUUAGGCAGACGCAAGAUAUGGACCUUGAGAAUGGCACUGUUGAUGCUCUAGAAGUUGCUCGGCUUGUUGCCAAAGAAGUAGAGAGAGAAGUAGUUGGUUUUUAUGAGCAAUCUGGUAGCUCUGCCUCAUCUUCUUCUUCAUCAUCAUCAUCUUCAUCAUCAUUUUCUUCUUCUGACAGAGUAUCAAGAGGUGGUGGUAAGCCACAGGAUAGCCCGAAGUCUAUAAAUGCAGAGCAAGACUUGCAGAUAGAUGACCCGGCGAACCAGUUAUCGGCAACAGAAAACACCCCUGAUGCUUCUGGACAGGUUCCUGUCAUGUCUUUGACUAAUGUAGAGACAAAUCCUACAAACCACACUCAAGAUGCAGAGUCCUCCUUAGUGACUGGUGUUGCACGGGAACCCGAGAGCAUUACAGAGAAAAACGUCUGGGAAUUUGAUCUCAAUCGGGAAUUCUCGUCUGAGGAUGCUGAUCAUCAGCUCGAUACAAGCUCAAACCCUGUAUCAGUUGUUUCUGCAUCCAGAGCUGUUGUGGCUUCUGGAAUGCCAGCAGGCCCUCUUCAAUUUGAGGGAAGUCUUGGCUGGAAAGGAUCUGCCGCAACAAGUGCAUUUCGACCAGCAUCUCCUCGUCGGGCCUCUGAUAGUGACAAGGCUCUUUCUGGUGGGGGCACUAGCAGCGGUUCAAGGCAGAGGCAAGAUUUUCUUGAUUUUGAUUUGAAUGUUGCUGAACGCGGAGAUGAUAAGAUUGUUAAUCCAAUGCUGGGUAAACCAAAACAGUUAUUACCUAGCCUGCCUUCAGGUGAGUCUUCAGUUGAAUUAAGUCCCAAAAGAUCUCAGAGGCUCAAAUUGGACCUCAACCAAACAGAUGAUGAUGGGGGUCUUCCAGCAUGCGAUUGGAAAAUGGGUGGACUUGUAUUCCAACCUCAAAUCUGCCAGCGAAGUCCAUCGCCUGCUUCCUCUUCAUCAUGCAUGCAGCCUUCAAUGAGGAACUUUGACUUAAAUGACAACCUUUUCGAUUGCAAUGAUUCGUCAGACCAACCUGUCAUUCUUGGCGAGUCUUCUCGUAAAGUCAACCCAUGUAUGGGACCACCGGAUGACACAGUUAUUUCGAUUAUGGGAACCAAGGUCAAGAGGAAUGCAUUUCCUCCUCAAACUCCGUUGCCUUUUCUGAAUGGGAGGGCACCAGAGCCUGUUAUGGAUGCUAGCUUGUUAAGAGGACCUUUGAUGGGAUUGGGACCUGCAGUUCCUUAUCCACAGUCUGUCUAUGGGUAUGAUGGGCUUGCCAUGGGCUCUGCUGUCUCUCUUGCAUCAGCACAGAUUUACAGACCUGGUGGACCGAUUCCAUAUGUUUUUGAUUCAAGGGGAGCUCCUUUUCUACCUCAAAUGAUGGGCUCUGCUUCAAAUGUUCCAUCUACCUAUUGUCAGUCACCCUUGGUCAUGAACAUGAUGAGUGCAACUCCUGGUCCUACGCAUGCUAGUCCUUUGCGCCCUAGUUUUGAUUUGAACUCUGGGUUUGGUAAUGCUGUUGAAGCUGGAAACCCCGAUCCUUCAUUUUUUAGGCCACUCUUCAUUUCCCAUGUCCAGAGUAGGCCGUCAGAAGAGCAGCUGAGAGAGAGUUUCAGACCAAUGGGUUCUGGGAACAGUGGUGGAAAACGAAAGGAGCCUGAUAGUGGAUGGGAGCUUUAUCCCACUAACUACAAACAUCAACAACCGCCACAUUUGUAGAAAGAUUUUCGAUUGUUCAGGGUCUCUGUCUUUGGUUUUUGGCCUAACAACUGAAGAAAGCUUUACUGAUGCAUAACAUCAGCCUGAAAUAUGCUGAUUCUGAGAGUAGGAGGGUUGGGAUUUAGCUUUUAAAAACUGAAUAAAGUCCGGAUACUAUUGGGCUUGAUAGUGAUUCAUGGGGUCAACAGCUAGAGGAGAGGAAUUACCAAAUUAGGUUUAUUGAUUUAUUUUUAUUUUCCAUAUUUCCCCCCUUUUUUUUUUCUUUAAUUGUUUCAUAUAAGGCCAUUGCAAGAAUAGAAAUAUUUGGUACAUGUAGCUGUAAUGUCUCACCCAUACAUAGAAAUUAAAAGAUUUGUUCCUUUUACAUUUUUGUCUUGUGUAAGAAUUAUGUCUUUAAGAUUGACGUCAACUAUAGUUACAUUAAUUUACAUAGAAUCUCACUUCAUUUUCAACUUAUAUUAAAUUGUUUAUAUCAAGCUUGUACUGUAUUUA